CCUUUCCCCGUUGCAUAACCCCGAGUCAAUCUUGGGCAGGAAGGAGGGGAAACACGGAGUUCCGAGUCAUUCUUGAAGCAGUUGAAGCAAACUCUUGAUCUUGAGCGAGAGCACAGCGGCAGACACAGAGGGAAGCAGUUAUGGACAUUGUAGAAGGCAUUAUGAAGGCUGUGGCAGCCAUCCGUGACCAAUGUGAGAACAUGACGUAUUGCAAAAAGCAGAAAAAUCGCCUUAUGAAGCGCAUGGAGUGCCUGCUGAAGUCCAUUAAGCGCAUCCAUAAGGCCUGGCAUGCCAAAAAGUAUUCCAGUGAUCUGAUAUGGAUGCUGCAAGAAACGCUGAACCUUCUGAAAGAGGCCCAGGAAAUGCUUCGCAAGUAUGUUGAACUGAACCAGGUUUAUAAGUUUGUGAAGGCUAACAGCAUGCUGAAGGAAUUUGCAAGCCUGAAUGAGCGCUUCAGUGAUAUUUGCCUCCACCUGUUGCUGCAACUGCAGGUGGAGGAGAAGCUGUCAGUAGACCAGGAAGACCUGCAGGACCUUCGGAAGCCUCUUGUGAGACGGGAAGGCAGCCAAGAUCUUGCAGAAGACAGUGUGUCCUUGAAGGAGAUGUCCAAAGAGGAAAGUCUUGUUGCUGGGAUGGGCCUCACCGAGAUAUACAAAAGCCAGCUAACCAAUGUGAUCCUCCUGAUGGAGUGUGAGAGCUACAAACUGUGCAGAGGAAAGUAUAACAACUUCUCUGUGGCCAUCAAAGUCUUCAAAAACCCUUUCUGUGACAACAAACCACAGAAUGUGAGGCACAUCUUUGAGAAGGAGGUCAAGACUAUGAAGAGGUUUGAGUCUCCGUACAUCGUUCGUUUGUUUGGGAUGUGCAUAGACGAGAGUGUCCCUGAAUACUCCAUUGUCACGGAAUAUUGUGAAAAAGGCACCCUGAAGGAAGUGCUGAAAAGUGAACCUCACUUACCCUGGGAGAUUCGCCUGGACAUGGCAUCGGAUGCUGCUGCCGGCCUGUACAGGUUGCAUCAGACGGGAGACAAGCCUCAGGUGCAUUACUGCAUCAACAGCACCAAGUUCCUGGUUGCCAAAGGCUACUGUGUAAAGCUGUCAGGAUUUGAACUGAGUCAAACGGUAUCGUCCAUCCAACGGAAGCCAAAGGAAAAGCCCCACAAAGAGGUCUUUGCUUCAGCCUACAUCUGCCCUGAGGGCCUACUAUCAGUGGACCAUCAGUACAACCUGGCCAGCGAAAUAUACAGCUUUGGGAUUGUACUGUGGGAGAUCGCAACUGGCAAGAUCCCAUUUGCAGGCUGCACUUCAAAGGAGAUCCGUGACAGGGUUUGCAAUAAGGAGCAGGAACCUCUAGGAGACGACUGCCCUUCCUACCUGCGGGAUGUCAUCAACCAGUGCCGGGACUUCAACCCUUCCCGUCGCCCAACUGCUGAAGCAAUUGUGAACCAGCUCCUUCUUCCCAGUCUUUCGGAGCAGUGACAGCUUGACCACACGAGAGGGAACUUGGGAUGUCUUUGUGGAAAACAAGAACUUGUUCUCAGCAAAAGCCACAAGAGAGUGUGUUUCUCUUGCCUGCUUUGCCAGCCUGUCUUCCUGAACACCAGCACAAAGCCAGGCCGUUUUCUUUUUCAGCCUGGAAUGCCUGGGCACAGGACAAAGGUGCUAUCCUAUGGCCAUUUGCCAACUUGACAGACUCUCAUACAUUUUCCAUUGGGACUGGUUCAGACAUAAUGCUGAGCCAUGGUUUUUUAAAACUAUGGUUUGUUGACUGUCAACAAACUACAGUCUGAAGUCAUGGCCUGCUAUUAGCCUACAAACCUUGGUUUGUCUUACCUAUGGCCUUGUGUUAGGUGUGAACCCAGCACACUUCCUUAAAUGUGGUUUGUUUGACCACCCCAUGCCAGAUGCUUAUCAAAUCCAACAACAGCAACCAAUUUUAUUAAAUGGUUCCAGAUCUGGAAAGCUCAUCAUUCAAAGGCAUGAGGAAAGAGCAGAUGGAAAACAAGCCAAACUUUGGGGAAACAACCCAUGGUUUGCUUGAUCGUCAGCAGGACAACUGGUGGUUGACUUCUGGUUUCUUCUGGCACAUACAAUUACAUAAAAAACUAAAAACAGUAUACAAACCAUGGCUUAGCAUUAUAUCUGAAUGGAGCCUUAAUGGGCUUCCACACUACUGCUGCUUCUUACAAGCCAGUUAAAAAAAACAGAAACAGUUAAUUCCGACAGAAAGCAGUCCUUGUUUGUAGUCCUAUUAAUCAAUAUAAUAUGAAUUCCAAACCCACUGUUUUAUCCUUCAAAUUUAACCAGGGUUGCAUACACAUGCCAUACAUUUAAAGCACAUGACUUCCCCUAAAGAUUCCUGGGAACUGUAGUUUGUGAUGUUGGGAAUUGUAGCUCUGUGAGGAGUAAGCUACAGUUCUCAGGAUUCUUUGGGAGAAGCUAUGUGCUUUAAAUGUAUGGCAUGUGUAUGCAACCCUGGUUAAAUUUGAAGGAUGAAACCGUGGGUCUGGAAUGUAUGAUGUGUACACAGCCUAGAACUAUUAAGUGUGAAGUAUGCUGCCUUUCACUAAUAAUAAUAUUGUGGCCAUAGGAUUAUAGAGCCAGAAAGAGUAUGUAAGAGAGCAAUCAAAAUGAUGUCCAAUGAGACAAGACCAAAACGGGGGUAACUAACCCCCAGUUCCAUGGCUUGAUCUGAUCUCCCAGCAAUUUUUUCUCUCCUCCCAUUUUGGCAGCAGUGCCAAAAAAAGUAAUAAAAAUUAACCUCUAAGUGGUUUGCAAGUUAAAAACUAUAAAUCACAAAGAUAAAAUACAAAUAAAAUAAAAUAAUACUAUCAAUAUCAAAAUUAAAAUCCAGUCAAAAUACUGAGCAGGGCAGUCUGAAAUUUUCCAGUCAGGAAAUGCCUGAAUGCAACAAGUACGUUUUUAAUAAGUGUCUGAAACAUGUCACAGUUGAUGCCUCUGAGAUCCGUGCCACUACAGAAAAGGCCUGCUUCUGCAUUGGUGCUAGACAUGAUAGGGGCUUAGAAAAUUAUGAAUGACUAGUGGCCUUGUACCUGGUGUGGUUUGGGAAUUCUAAGAAAACCAGAAAUCAGUGCAAUUUUGAAAGGUUCAAUCCACCAUCUUGAUUCAAAAUACUGUCCAAUUAUAUCCAAACAAAUGAAAACCUGCUCCUUAAUCUCAGGAACCAUCAUGAAAGAUGUGAUUAAAAUCAGUGCAGUUUUGAAAAGUUCAGUCUGCAGUCUUGAUUCAAAAUGGUGUCCAACUAUCCAAAUAUAGAUGAAAACCUGCUACUUCAUCUUGGGAACCAUCAUACAAAAUGUCGUUAUGACAUCUUAAGAGGCAUCCAAAUGUAUAGCAAACAGACAAACGACUUUGCAAAAUAUAUAGUAGAUGUGUAUAUUUUUCUCCCUCAUAAUAUUAGAACUGCAAGGUGUUAAUCUGGACCUUGAUAGGCCUGCAGAACCAGCAACUACAGUGAGUUUAAAGCCCACAGUAGAGCAGCCAUGACAGCUCAGAAUUGAUGAAAUGUAUAACUUUGCAUCAUUUCUUUGCAAACUGCUUGGAACUUUGUGCUGGAUCAGGGAUAGCCAACAUGGUGCCUUCCAGAUGCUGUGAACUACAGCUCCCAGCAGCCACAGCCAGCAUGGCCAAUGGUCAGGGAUGAUGAGAGUUGUAGUCCACAACAUCUAGAGGGCACAUGUUGGCCACCCUUGUGCUAGAUUGUGUCUGCUAUGUGAGACCUUGGCAUCCUGAAAGAUAAGAGUCACGGCAGAACAAGAGACUCCAAAAGGUGAAACCAUAACACGUUUUGGGAAGCCGGUGCUGGAGGGUGUAAAAAUGUCUCGUGGAAAGACCUGCUGAUGAAGCAAGGCUCUUCCCCCUUCCAGAUGGAUUAUGGUAAUUGAUAGUCUCCAUUUGAUGUGGGACUGUAUAUGUAAGCAAUGAAAUUCUUUCAAAAGAUAGAAUAGUCUAUCCCCCGGUCCAGUUCCUGAUCAAUAUAAAAGUUGAACCAUCAUUAUUUUUGGUUGGUUAGUUCUUUUGGGGUGGAGUUUUUUUUUUCUCUGUGUCCUACAAUCUUCUCUGCUUCAAGUGCUUUUGGCCAGCUGAGUGCCCAAAGGCCUAGCCUAAUAUGCAAGGGAACUUAGAUCUGUUUUACAACUAGAUGAGCUGAGCUGGAGGAAGUUAGGAGGGAUCUAUUUUAACAAGGUUACUUUUUCUCAUUGAUUGCUUUGCCAAUGCAAUUAUUAGUUUAUGUCAUUGUUAAACCAUGUUUAUGCAAUUUAUAUCACGUUGCUUUAUUUUCAAAUUUCAUAUUACACUUUGUAC